ACCCGCUCCAUUCUGCUAUGGGUUAAACUAUGCUCUGUGCAGAUCUAGUGGUGAGGCUUAAAUUGCAGCCCUGUCUUUUUUCUCGCAGGAUUCUAAAAUAGGUUUUCAGAAUCAGUGCUGGGCUGUUGCUCCUGCAUGAGUGGUGACUCUUGAUUUUUUCCCUCCGGAGAAGCAUCCUUUGCAUCGUUCCCCCUUCCGAGGAAUCACUUAGACACUUCCAGCUGGUGGCAGGGGACACAGCCAUAAUACAGCUUCCUCUGUCCCAGCUGCCUCUCCACUCCGGUCCAUGCAUUACAAUGGCUGCACCCUCGUGGGAAGGCUCAGGUAGAGGAAGGUGUAGGAUGAAGCCUGGAAACCGUCCUCUGGGUUUUUAAAAGCCUCAGCGUCCACAGCAUCUUGGCAUUUUGGAAGUCUGCCUGCUUCUGGUGAGAGGUUUCUCUCCCGUGAUGGGAAGGCUGCUGCGAGCCUGAUCAGAGGUGCCUGAGGAUAUCACCUUUUGCCGGGAAGCCCUGCCUGCUUGAGAGGAUCCUUUUCAAUGCAUUAUGGCUCAUGCGGCCUCACAGUUAAAGAAAAACAGGGAUUUAGAAAUCAAUGCCGAGGAAGAGACCGAGAAAAAAAAGAAACACCGCAAACGGUCCCGGGAUCGGAAGAAAAAGUCUGAUGCCAAUGCAAGUUACUUAAGAGCGGCUCGAGCUGGACACUUGGAAAAGGCCCUUGACUACAUAAAAAACGGAGUUGACAUCAACAUUUGCAAUCAGAAUGGGUUGAAUGCGCUCCAUCUUGCCUCCAAAGAAGGCCACGUAGAAGUUGUUUCUGAACUGCUAAAGAGAGAAGCCAAUGUGGAUGCAGCUACAAAGAAAGGAAACACAGCAUUGCACAUAGCAUCUUUGGCUGGGCAAGCAGAGGUGGUAAAGGUCUUGGUUACAAAUGGAGCCAAUGUCAAUGCACAAUCUCAGAAUGGUUUCACCCCAUUGUACAUGGCAGCCCAGGAAAACCACCUGGAAGUUGUCAAGUUUCUUCUUGACAAUGGUGCCAGCCAGAGCCUAGCCACAGAGGAUGGCUUCACGCCGUUGGCAGUGGCUUUGCAACAAGGUCAUGAUCAAGUGGUGUCCCUCCUGCUAGAAAAUGACACGAAAGGCAAAGUGCGGCUUCCGGCUCUUCACAUCGCCGCCCGAAAGGAUGACACGAAAGCUGCCGCCCUGCUGCUGCAGAAUGACCACAACGCAGACGUGGAGUCCAAGAUGGUGGUGAAUAGAACAACAGAGAGUGGCUUCACUCCGCUCCACAUAGCGGCUCACUAUGGAAACAUCAAUGUAGCCACGUUGCUGUUAAACCGAGCGGCCGCCGUGGACUUCACUGCAAGGAAUGACAUCACUCCUUUACAUGUUGCAUCAAAAAGAGGAAAUGCCAACAUGGUAAAACUACUGCUUGAUCGAGGAGCUAAAAUCGAUGCCAAAACAAGGGACGGUCUGACGCCGCUGCACUGUGGAGCCAGGAGCGGCCAUGAGCAGGUGGUGGAAAUGCUGCUCGAUCGAGCUGCCCCCAUUCUUUCAAAAACCAAGAAUGGACUGUCCCCACUGCACAUGGCCACCCAAGGGGACCACUUGAACUGUGUCCAGCUUCUCCUCCAGCAUAACGUGCCUGUGGACGACGUCACCAACGACUACCUGACUGCCCUGCACGUGGCCGCCCACUGUGGCCAUUACAAAGUCGCCAAGGUUCUCUUGGACAAGAAAGCUAACCCCAAUGCCAAAGCCCUGAAUGGCUUUACCCCUCUUCACAUCGCCUGCAAGAAGAAUCGGAUUAAAGUCAUGGAACUCCUUCUGAAACACGGUGCAUCCAUCCAAGCUGUAACCGAGUCGGGCCUUACCCCAAUCCAUGUUGCUGCCUUCAUGGGGCAUGUAAAUAUCGUAUCACAGCUAAUGCAUCAUGGAGCCUCCCCAAAUACCACCAACGUGAGAGGAGAAACGGCGCUGCACAUGGCAGCUCGGUCCGGCCAGGCCGCAGUCGUGCGGCAUCUGGUGCAAGACGGAGCUCAGGUAGAAGCUAAAGCAAAGGAUGACCAAACCCCACUGCACAUCUCAGCCCGAUUGGGGAAGGCGGAUAUAGUCCAGCAGCUGUUGCAGCAAGGAGCGUCUCCAAAUGCAGCCACGACUUCUGGGUACACCGCCCUCCACCUUGCAGCCCGAGAAGGGCAUGAGGACGUGGCCUCAUUCCUUUUGGAUCAUGGCGCAUCUUUGUCUAUUACAACAAAGAAAGGAUUCACUCCCCUUCAUGUGGCAGCAAAAUACGGGAAGCUUGAAGUAGCCAACCUCCUGCUGCAGAAGAGCGCGUCUCCUGAUGCCGCUGGGAAGAGCGGGCUAACUCCACUGCAUGUAGCUGCACAUUACGAUAACCAGAAGGUGGCCCUUCUGCUUUUGGACCAAGGAGCCUCACCUCAUGCGGCUGCAAAGAAUGGUUAUACGCCACUGCACAUCGCUGCCAAAAAGAACCAGAUGGACAUAGCGACAACUCUGCUGGAAUAUGGUGCUGAUGCAAACGCAGUUACCCGGCAAGGAAUUGCUUCUGUCCAUCUUGCAGCUCAGGAGGGUCACGUGGACAUGGUGUCACUGCUCCUCAGCCGAAAUGCCAACGUGAACCUGAGCAAUAAGAGUGGCCUGACCCCACUCCAUCUGGCUGCUCAAGAAGACAGAGUGAAUGUGGCCGAAGUCCUCGUCAACCAAGGGGCACACGUGGACGCCCAGACCAAGAUGGGAUACACCCCACUCCACGUGGGUUGCCACUAUGGAAACAACAAGAUUGUUAAUUUCCUGCUCCAGCAUUCUGCAAAAGUUAAUGCCAAAACAAAGAAUGGGUAUACGCCAUUGCAUCAAGCAGCUCAACAAGGACAUACACAUAUAAUCAACGUCUUGCUUCAGAACAAUGCCUCCCCCAAUGAACUCACUGUGAAUGGGAACACUGCCCUCGCCAUUGCCCGCAGGCUUGGCUACAUCUCAGUGGUGGACACAUUGAAGGUCGUGACGGAGGAGACCAUUACCACGACGACUGUCACAGAGAAGCACAAAAUGAAUGUUCCAGAAACAAUGAAUGAAGUUCUUGAUAUGUCUGAUGACGAAGGUUAUAAAGCCAACGCCCCUGAAAUGCUCAGUGAUGGCGAAUAUAUCUCAGAUGUUGAAGAAGGCGAAGAUGCGCUGACGGGGGACACUGACAAGUACCUGGGGCCACAGGACCUCAAGGAGCUGGGCGAUGAUUCUCUGCCUGCCGAGGGCUACAUGGGCUUUAGUCUUGGGGCCCGUUCUGCCAGCCUCCGCUCCUUCAGUUCGGAUAGGUCUUACACCUUGAACAGAAGCUCCUAUGCCCGGGACAGCAUGAUGAUCGAAGAACUCCUGGUGCCAUCCAAAGAGCAGCACCUAACAUUCACAAGAGAAUUUGACUCAGAUUCUCUUAGACACUAUAGCUGGGCUGCAGACACCUUGGACAAUGUCAAUCUUGUCUCAAGUCCUGUUCAUUCUGGGUUUCUCGUGAGCUUCAUGGUGGAUGCGAGAGGCGGCUCCAUGAGAGGAAGCCGUCACCACGGGAUGAGAAUCAUCAUCCCUCCACGCAAGUGCACGGCCCCCACCCGAAUCACCUGCCGUUUGGUAAAGAGACAUAAACUGGCCACCCCACCCCCCAUGGUGGAAGGAGAGGGACUAGCCAGUAGGCUGGUAGAAAUGGGUCCUGCAGGGGCCCAAUUUUUAGGCCCUGUCAUAGUGGAAAUACCUCACUUUGGGUCUAUGAGAGGAAAAGAGAGGGAACUCAUUGUUCUUCGAAGUGAAAAUGGAGAAACAUGGAAGGAGCACCAAUUUGACAGUAAAAAUGAAGAUUUAACUGAAUUACUUAAUGGCAUGGAUGAAGAACUUGAUAGUCCAGAAGAGUUAGGGAAAAAGCGAAUCUGCAGGAUUAUCACGAAGGAUUUCCCCCAGUAUUUUGCAGUAGUUUCACGGAUUAAGCAGGAAAGCAACCAGAUUGGUCCUGAAGGUGGAAUUCUGAGCAGCACCACUGUGCCCCUGGUCCAGGCUUCUUUCCCUGAGGGCGCUUUGACCAAAAGAAUCCGAGUGGGCCUCCAGGCUCAGCCUGUUCCAGAUGAAAUUGUGAAAAAGAUCCUUGGAAACAAAGCAACAUUUAGCCCAAUUGUCACUGUGGAACCAAGAAGAAGGAAAUUCCAUAAACCGAUCACAAUGACCAUUCCGGUGCCCCCGCCCUCGGGAGAAGGCGUAUCCAACGGGUACAAGGGGGACGCCACACCCAAUCUGCGUCUUCUCUGUAGCAUUACAGGGGGCACCUCACCGGCUCAGUGGGAAGACAUCACAGGAACUACUCCUUUGACGUUUAUAAAGGAUUGUGUCUCUUUUACAACCAAUGUUUCAGCCAGAUUUUGGCUUGCAGACUGCCAUCAAGUUUUAGAAACUGUGGGGUUAGCCACGCAACUGUACAGAGAAUUAAUAUGUGUUCCAUAUAUGGCCAAGUUUGUUGUUUUUGCCAAAAUGAAUGAUCCUGUGGAAUCCUCCCUGCGGUGUUUCUGCAUGACAGAUGACAAAGUGGACAAAACUUUAGAGCAGCAAGAGAAUUUUGAGGAAGUUGCAAGAAGCAAAGAUAUUGAGGUUCUGGAAGGAAAACCUAUUUAUGUUGAUUGUUAUGGAAAUCUGGCUCCACUGACCAAAGGAGGACAGCAACUUGUUUUUAACUUUUAUGCUUUCAAAGAAAAUAGACUGCCAUUUUCCAUCAAGAUUAGAGACACCAGCCAAGAGCCCUGUGGUCGUCUGUCUUUUCUGAAAGAACCAAAGACAACAAAAGGACUGCCUCAAACAGCUGUCUGCAACUUAAAUAUCACUCUGCCAGCACAUAAAAAGGAGACAGAGUCAGAUCAAGAUGAUGAGGCCGAGAAAGCAGAUAAACGACAGAGCUUUGCAUCUUUAGCUUUACGUAAGCGCUACAGCUACUUGACUGAGCCUGGAAUGAUUGAACGGAGUGCAGGAGCAACAAGAUCCCUCCCCACUUCUUACUCAUACAAGCCAUUCUUUUCUACAAGACCAUACCAGUCCUGGACCACAGCUCCGAUCACAGUGCCCGGGCCAGCCAAGUCAGGCUUCACUUCCUUAUCAAGUUCUUCCUCAAAUACGCCAUCAGCUUCUCCGUUAAAAUCAAUUUGGUCCGUUUCGACUCCUUCUCCAAUCAAAUCCACAUUAGGCGCGUCAACUACAUCUUCAGUUAAAUCCAUUAGUGAUGUGGCAUCUCCAAUUAGAUCCUUUCGGACAAUUUCUUCGCCAAUAAAAACAGUGGUGUCACAAUCUCCAUACAAUAUCCAAGUGUCUUCUGGUACCCUGGGUAGAGCGCCCACAGUCACGGAGGCCUCGCCUUUAAAGGGGCUGCCGUCCAGUUCUAUGUUUUCCUCUCGAACCUCUCCAGUGACUACAGCAGGGUCUCUUUUGGAGAGGUCAUCAAUUACUAUGACACCCCCGGCCUCCCCCAAGUCAAACAUUAAUAUGUAUUCCUCAAGUUUGCCAUUUAAGUCAAUCAUUACAUCAGCAGCGCCGCUAAUAUCUUCACCUUUAAAGUCAGUGGUGUCUCCAGCUAAAUCAGCAGUUGAUAUCAUUUCAUCGGCGAAAGUUACGAUGGCCUCUUCUCUCUCAUCGCCUGUGAAGCAGAUGCCUGGACAUGCAGAGGUAGCAUUAGUCAAUGGAUCUAUUUCCCCUCUGAAAUAUCCAUCAUCUUCAACUUUAAUUAAUGGAUGCAAAGCCACUGCCACGUUACAGGAAAAAAUUUCUACAGCUACAAACUCUGUAAGCGCUGUGGUUAAUGCCGCCACAGAAACAGUUGAGAAAGUGUUUUCUACGACAGCAAUGCCAUUUUCCCCACUCAGGUCAUAUGUUUCUUCAGCACCAUCAGCUUUUCAGUCUCUCAGAACUCCUUCCGCAAGUGCACUCUAUGCAUCCCUUGGGUCGUCAAUAUCUUCAACUACCUCAUCUGUAACUUCAUCGGUAAUAACAGUGCCAGUAUACUCUGUAGUCAAUGUUUUGCCAGAACCAGCAUUAAAGAAACUCCCAGACUCUAAUUCACUUGCAAAAUCAGCAGCAGCCUUGCUGUCCCCCAUUAAAACAUUGACUACGGAGACACGUCCUCAGCCCCAUUUCAAUCGAACUUCAUCCCCAGUCAAGUCAUCUUUGUUCCUUGCACCCUCUGCCCUUAAGUUGUCUGCACCAUCUUCUUUAUCUUCCAGUCAGGAGAUAUUAAAAGACGUGGCUGAAAUGAAAGAGGACCUCAUGCGGAUGACAGCAAUACUACAAACAGAUGUGCCUGAGGAGAAGCCAUUCCAGCAUGAACUCCCCAAAGAAGGGAGAGUGGAGGACGAAGAACCUUUCAAAAUUGUUGAGAAAGUAAAGGAAGACUUAGUGAAAGUUAGCGAAAUCCUUAAAAAAGAUGUUUGUGUCGAUAAUAAAGGACCACCCAAAUCACCAAAGAGUGACAAAGGACACUCUCCCGAAGACGACUGGAUAGAAUUCAGUUCCGAAGAAAUAAGAGAAGCGAGACAGCAAGCUGCUGCGAGCCGUUCUCCCACUCUGCCCGAGCGAGUGCAAGUCAAAGCGAAAGCUGCCUCCGAUAAGGAUUACAGCUUGACCAAGGUGAUUGAUUACCUAGCGAAUGAUAUUGGGAGUAGUUCACUGACAAACUUAAAGUACAAGUUUGAGGAUGCAAAGAAAGAUGGUGAAGAGAGACAGAAAAGAAUUUUAAAACCAGCAAUUGCUUUGCAGGAACACAAACUCAAAAUGCCUCCCGCCUCCAUGAGGCCUUCCACUUCCGAGAAGGAAUUGUGUAAAAUGGCCGAUUCCUUUUUUGGAACAGAUGCUAUUUUAGAGUCUCCAGAUGACUUUUCUCAGCACGACCAAGAUAAAAGUCCCUUGUCUGACAGUGGCUUUGAAACGAGAAGUGAAAAAACACCUUCAGCCCCACAGAGCGCUGAAAGCACUGGUCCCAAGCCGCUUUUUCACGAAGUCCCCAUCCCUCCUGUCAUCACAGAAACGAGAACCGAAGUGGUUCAUGUUAUCAGGAGCUAUGAGCCCUCGGCCGGAGAGGCUUCCCAGUCCCAACCAGAGGAACCCGCGUCACCCAAACCGUCACCCACGUUUAUGGAAUUAGAACCCAAGCCCAGCACUUCCAGUAUUAAAGAAAAAGUUAAAGCGUUUCAAAUGAAAGCCAGUAGUGAUGAAGAUGACCACAGUCGAGCUUUGAGCAAAGGCAUGCGUGUCAAAGAAGAGACACACAUAACCACUACCACCAGGACGGUUUAUCAUUCUCCACCAGGCAGCGAAGGCACCUCUGAAAGAAUUGAAGAAACCAUGUCGGUCCAUGACAUCAUGAAGGCCUUUCAGUCCGGGCGGGACCCUUCCAAAGAACUGGCAGGUCUGUUUGAACAUAAGUCGGCAGUGGCCCCAGAUGUUCACAAGUCUGCUGCUGAAACCUCAGCCCAGCACGCAGAGAAGGACAACCAAAUGAAACCCAAACUGGAGCGUAUAAUAGAAGUCCACAUCGAAAAAGGUAACCAAGCUGAGCCUACUGAAGUCAUUAUUAGAGAAACCAAAAAGCAUCCAGAAAAGGAAAUGUAUGUGUAUCAGAAAGACUUAUCCCGGGGAGAUGUUAACCUAAAAGAUUUUCUGCCAGAAAAACACGAUGCUUUUCCUUGUUCAGAGGAACAGGGUCAGCAAGAAGAGGAAGAACUCACUGCAGAAGAGUCCUUGCCUUCUUAUCUGGAGUCUUCCAGAGUAAACACUCCUGUGUCCCAAGAAGAAGAUAGUCGCCCUAGUUCUGCUCAACUCAUAUCUGAUGACUCUUAUAAAACAUUGAAGCUUUUGAGUCAACACUCAAUAGAAUACCAUGACGAUGAGUUGUCAGAACUAAGAGGGGAGUCUUACAGGUUUGCUGAGAAAAUGCUUCUGUCAGAAAAGCUAGAUGUGUCUCAUUCCGAUACUGAGGAAUCGGUGACAGACCAUGCAGGACCCUCUAGCUCAGAGUUACAGGGGUCUGAUAAGCGGUCCAGAGAAAAAGUAGUCACUGCCCCCAAAAAAGAAAUUCUCUCCAAAAUCUAUAAAGAUGUGUCUGAAAAUGGUGUAGGUAAAGUGUCUAAAGAUGAGCAUUUUGAUAAAGUGACAGUGUUGCACUAUUCUGGCGAUGGUAGUAGUCCAAAACAUGCCAUGUGGAUGCGCUUUACUGAGGACAGAUUAGACAGAGGUAGAGAGAAGUUGAUGUAUGAAGAUAGGGUGGACAGGACUGUGAAGGAAGCUGAAGAAAAACUGACUGAAGUGUCACAGUUUUUUCGUGACAAAACCGAAAAGCUCAAUGAUGAACUGCAGUCCCCAGAGAAAAAGGCACGCCCCAGAAAUGGCAAGGAAUACUCUUCUCAAAGCUCUACCAGUAGCAGCCCCGAGAAAGUAACGCUGACAGAACUGUUGGCAUCCAGCGAUGAGUGGGUUAAGGCGAGGCAGCAUGCCCGUGAUGGACAAAGCCUCCCCAGAGCCAGUGAGAGGAAAGCAUCCAGUCUGCCCAGCAGCCCGGAGAAGAAGGUUCUGUCCCAACAGACUGAGGACAGCAAGUCCACGGAGGAAGCCCAAGGAAGCGUGCCACAGAGCAAAGCACCAGAAGGGCCCCAGUCUGGGUUUCAGCUCAAACAAUCUAAACUGAGCUCCAUUAGAUUAAAAUUUGAACAAGGUGCACAGGCCAGAAGUAAGGACGUGACUCAAGAGGACAAGAAGCCAGAUGGCCAAUCCAGAAUCCCAGUUAAAAAAAUGCAGGAGAGCAAGCUACCCGUCUACCAACUUUUUGCUAGAGAAAAACAGCAGAAGGCCAUAGACCUCUCAGAUGAAAGAGUACCUGUCCAAAAAGAUUUUAUGGUAUUAAAAGCUAAAGAUGAGCCCGAGCAAAGCAGUGAAAUUGUUGUAAAUGAUUCUGGCUCUGAUGAUGUGAAAAAACAGAGAACUGAAAUGUCAAGUAAAGUGAUGCCUGACUACUUUUCUGAGCAACAGGCUAAAGACUUGACAUGUCAUGUAACCUCAGAUUUAGCAACUAAGGGACCCUGGGACAAAAAGGUCUUUAGAACGUGGGAAAGUUCUGGAGCCGCUAACAAUAAGUCGCAGAAAGAAAAGCUUUCGCAUGUACUUGUUCAUGAUGUAAGAGAGAAUCACAUUGGUCACCCUGAGAGUAAAAUUGUUGAUCCCAGGAGUGAAUUUGUGUCUGUGACUGAGAGAGAACACAAAUUGUUAACAAAUGGCUCUCUCUCAGAAGUUAAGGAAAUGACUGUAAAAUCUCCCUCCAAAAAGGUCUUGUACAGGGAAUAUGUUGUGAAAGAAGGGGACCGUCCUGGCGGGGCUCUCGAUCAACCUUCCAGGAGAAGUGAGAGCUCGGCGGUGUCGCACAUCCCAGUCAGGAUGGCCGAUGAGCGGAGAAUGCCGUCUUCUAAUGUUCCCGUUGGUUUUUGUGAGCAGUCGCCAUUUCCAAAGCAUGAACUAUCACAAAAGUCACCCCAGUCAAGUCACAAAGAGACAGUGGAGACACAGCACUUUAAUUCUCUAGAAGAUGAAAAAGUUACCUAUUCAGAAAUCAGCAAAGUUUCCAAACAUCAGAGUUAUGUAGGCUUAUGCCCCUCUCUCGAUGAAACUGAAAGCUCCCCCACCAAAUCUCCUGAUUCUUUAGACUUUAGCCCAGGGAAAGAAUCUCCCUCUAGCGAAGUAUUCGACCACAGUCCCAUUGAUGGAUUGGAAAAAGUUGCACCACUAGCCCCGCCAGAGGGAGGGAAAGAGAUAAAAACUUUACCUGUUUAUGUCAGUUUUGUACAGGUGGGGAAGCAGUAUGAAAAGGAGAUACAACAAGGAAGUGUGAAAAAAAUCAUCAGUCAGGAAUGUAAGACAGUACAAGAGACCAGGGGGACCUUUUAUACAACCAGACAGCAAAAGCAGCCUCCUUCUCCCCAAGGUAGUCCGGAAGAUGAUACUCUAGAGCAAGUUUCCUUUCUAGACAGCUCUGGGAAAAGCCCUUUAACCCCAGAAACACCCAGUUCAGAGGAAGUGAGUUAUGAAUUUACGUCUAAGACACCAGACUCACUCAUAGCUUAUAUACCAGGUAAACCCAGCCCAAUUCCCGAGGUUUCUGAGGAAUCGGAGGAGGAGGAGCAGGGCAAGUCGUCCUCCUUAAAGCAGACUACAGUGGAGGAGAUAAUAGGCGCGCACCAAUUGCCUGGCAGUGUGAGCAAAGACUCUAACCAAAGACCCAAAACCAACAGAGUUGCCUAUAUCGAGUUUCCCCCUCCUCCGCCGCUGGAUGCAGACCAGAUGGAGUCGGAGAAGGAUCUUUCUCUGCCUGAAAGAGAGGCUGGCAUGAUUGAAGUCAGUCUGCAAGAUGAGCAUGACAAGUACCAGCUGGCUGAGCCAGUCAUCCGAGUGCAGCCACCCUCCCCAGUUCCUCCUGGGGCAGACGUCAGUGAUUCGAGCGAUGAUGAAUCACUUUAUCAACCAGUUCCAGUUAAAAAAUACACCUUCAAAUUAAAGGAAGCAGACAGUGAUCAAAAAGAAAUGACAAAACCCAAAGCUUCUGCUGAAAAGGCUUCCAACCAGAAAGAAUUAGAAACUAAUGGAUCUGGAAAAGAUCAUGAAUUUGGCCUUGAUUCGCCUCAGAAUGAAACCGCCCAGAAUGGGAACAACGACCAGUCCAUCACAGAGUGUUCCAUUGCUACCACGGCCGAGUUUUCUCAUGAUACAGAUGCCACAGAGAUUGACUCUCUUGAUGGCUAUGACCUGCAAGAUGAAGAUGAUGGCUUGACGGAGAGUGAUUCCAAACUCCCAAGUCAGACCAUGGAAAUUAAGAAAGACAUCUGGAACACAGAGGGCAUUCUGAAGCCAGCUGAUCGCUCCUUUAGCCAAAGUAAACUUGAAGUCAUCGAGGAGGAGGGAAGGGUGGGACCAGAUGAAGAUAAGCCAUCUUCCAAAAGCUCUUCGUCGGAAAAGACUCCUGAUAAGACUGAUCAGAAGUCAGGGGCCCAGUUUUUCACCCUAGAAGGCAGACAUCCUGACAGAUCAGUGUUUCCUGAUACUUAUUUCAGUUACAAAGUAGAUGAAGAAUUUGCCACUCCUUUUAAAACAGUAGCUACCAAAGGUCUAGAUUUUGACCCUUGGUCUAAUAACCGAGGGGAUGAUGAAGUUUUUGACAGUAAAUCCCGGGAAGAUGAAACUAAGCCAUUUGGUCUGGCUGUGGAAGACCGCUCUCCGGCAACAACCCCUGAUACAACGCCAGCCAGAACGCCAACCGAUGAAAGUACCCCAACUAGUGAGCCUAACCCCUUCCCAUUUCAUGAAGGAAAAAUGUUUGAGAUGACUCGCAGUGGUGCAAUUGACAUGAGCAAGAGGGAUUUUGUUGAAGAGAGGCUCCAAUUUUUCCAGAUUGGUGAGCAUACUUCUGAAGGGAAGUCAGGGGACCAGGGGGAAGGGGAUAAAAGUAUGGUCACUGCCACACCACAGCCACAGUCAGGGGACACCACUGUAGAAACCAAUCUAGAGAGAAAUGUAGAGGCACCUGCGGUCGAACCUAAACCCAGCAUCCCGACCAGCGGAGAGUGUCAGGAAGGCACACCCAGUAGUGCCUCCCUGGAGAAGUCAGCAGCAGCCACUAACACCUUGAAAGUUGACCCCAAGUUGCGCACGCCUAUAAAAAUGGGGAUUUCUGCGUCCACCAUGACCAUGAAGAAAGAAGCCCCUGGAGAAGUCACAGAUAAGAUAGAAGCUGUGAUGACCAGUUGUCAGGGAUUAGAAAAUGAAACUAUAACAGUGGUUUCAAAUUCAGCCGAUAGCCACAUGGGUGCUAGGCCCCAAGAAAAACACGAUUUUCAAAAAGAUAACUUUAAUAACAACAACAAUUUGGAUUCUUCCACUAUACAGACAGAUAACAUUACAAGUAACGUAGUUCUGACAGAACACGCCGCACCCACUCGUACCACAGAGAAAGCUAAUCCAGUGAAAAGCUCAUCAGGAAAAAAGACAGGGGUGCCACAGGGACACUGUGUGAGAGAGAAGCAGAAAGUGCUUGGAGAGCAGCAAAAGACACAGGCACCGGUAGGGAUUAGGCGCAAAUCCAAACUUCCCAUAAAGGCCACUUCAGCAAAAGAUACCUUCCCACCAAAUCAUAUGCCAAACAUGAAAGGGAGUAAAAUGAAGCAGGUUAGUCCAUCUGAGAAAACCAAAACCCUUACCUCUUCUUCAUGUCUAGACGUAAAGUCCAGAAUUCCAGUAAAAAACACACACAGGGAUAACACAGCUUCAGUUAGAAAAGCAUGCACCCCACAAAAGCAAGGGCAGCCAGAGAAAGACAAGGCCAAACACCUGCCAUCCAAGUUGCCAGUAAAGGUAAGAUCCACCUGUGUCACCACCUCCAAUGCUACCACCACAGUUCAAGUCAGGAAAAGUCAGCUUAAGGAAGUUUGUAAACAUUCCAUUGAAUAUUUUAAGGGAAUUAGUGGUGAGACCUUAAAGCUUGUGGACCGCCUCUCUGAAGAAGAAAAAAAGAUGCAGUCCGAGGUGUCGGAUGAGGAAGACAGUACCUCAAGAAACACGUCGUUGUCCGAGAGUUCCCGGGGUGGCCAGCCUUCAGUUACAACGAAGUCUGCUAGAGAUAAGAAAACAGAGGCAGCACCUUUAAAAUCAAAGAGUGAAAAGGCCGGCAGUGAGAAAAGGAGCAGUAGGAGGACUGGUCCACAGAGUCCAUGUGAACGGACAGAUAUCAGGAUGGCAAUAGUAGCCGAUCACCUGGGACUUAGUUGGACAGAACUGGCAAGGGAACUGAAUUUUUCAGUGGAUGAAAUCAAUCAAAUACGUGUGGAAAAUCCAAAUUCUUUAAUUUCUCAAAGCUUCAUGUUAUUAAAAAAAUGGGUUACCAGAGAUGGAAAAAAUGCUACAACUGAUGCCUUAACUUCGGUCUUGACAAAAAUUAAUCGAAUAGAUAUAGUGACUCUGCUAGAAGGACCAAUAUUUGAUUAUGGAAAUAUUUCAGGCACCAGAAGUUUUGCAGAUGAGAACAAUGUUUUCCAUGACCCUGUUGAUGGUUGGCAGAAUGAGACCAGUGGAAACCUAGAGUCCCCGGCUCAAGCUCGAAGAAUAACUGGUGGGUUACUAGAUCGACUGGAUGACAGCCCAGACCAAUGUAGAGAUUCCAUUACCUCAUAUCUCAAAGGAGAACCUGGGAAAUUUGAAGCAAAUGGGAACCAUGCAGAAGUCACUCCAGAAGCAAAGACGAAAUCUUACUUUCCAGAAUCCCAAAAUGAUGUAGGCAAACAGAGUACUAAGGAAACUCUGAGACCAAAACCACACGGAUAUGGUCGUGUUGAGGAACCAGCAUCAUCACUAGCAGCAUAUCAGAAAUCUCUCGAAGAAACCAGCAAGUUUGUAAUGGAGGAGCCUAAACCCUGUGUGCCUGUCGGAAUGAAAAAGAUGAGUAGGACUUCUCCUGCAGAUGGCAAGCCAAGGCUUAACCUCCACGAAGAAGAGGGGUCCAGUGGGUCUGAGCCAAAGCAGGGAGAAGGUUAUAAGGUGAAGACAAAGAAAGAAAUCCGGCAUGUGGAGAAGAAGAGCCACUCAUAACAGUGAAAGGAUCAUGUGUUUUUACUGCCAGUAUUGAGAAAUUCAUGGAAGACAUGUCAGCAGGAAGUAAAGAUUCGAGGAGAAGGGUGUGUGUGUGUUUGCUGCUUCCACACAUUAAUGGCAUGACUCUUUUUUUUUUUUACACAAAAAGAAAAGAGAAAAAGGAAACCACCCACAUUUUAAUUUAGCAUGAGCCAACUUACAGAGCAUGGAAAUUCACUUUCAUUCCCAGGAUUGGCACGUGUGCAAUUAGCAAUGCAGUGUAUAUACAAGAAGCCAUGCCGUUAACAGUUUAUCUCAAGUGACUUGGUGUCAUUUACAAAAGGAAGAAAUUCCUGCCUCCAGAAGGAACAGAAGGAGAUGGACUGAUGAAAUCACAGAGAAACACUAAAAUUACUAAAUCCACAACAGCUCGCCUUAUUUUUCUUGGACCCAAACUGUCAGGGUAUAAACACUAUUUGUUUCUUUUUUAAAACAUCUAUAGUUUUGCUGUAAAUAAUAACAGUGUAUAAAUUCUAACAGAAAAAUAGAAUAAAUGUUGAUAAGGCACUGCCUCUUAGAACACAAACAGAAUAUUGCAAAUGCAUUUAACAUCAUAGAGGUCUCAAGGGACUUCACCCUAGAAGAGGAGGGAGGGGUUCUGGGUGGGGGGGACCUUUACUGAUUCUUGUAUAUUAGCAAUUAUAAUGUUUGUAUAUGCAAAACUGCUAGCUUGAUUUUAAAAAAGCAAAUCUUUAAAAUCUGCUGCAAAUUUAAAUAAUUCCCAAAAUGAGGAAUUCUGUAGUUCUGUGAAAAAAAAUUUUCUUCAGAAUACUAAUAUUUUGAUGCAUGUGUAUCACCUUAUUUUGAUUAAAUCUUUUCCAAUUUUGCAAACACUACCGUAUACUGCAACACAGAAGAUUUUAUCUGUAAACAAAAAGCCCUUCAUCUAAUAUUUGUUGCUAUUGCCAAUUUUCCAAUUAAAUGACCUAAAAAUGGAAAAAAAAAACCUAUACAGUAGUUGCUUUAGGGGGAGGGGGUGCUCUCUGUUAGUGCUUAAAAGGGGGGUAAUGCUUGCCGCUUUAGAGGUGGAUGGUGCUCAUAAGAGGCCCCAGUCAGGGGUGUUUAAAAUGGACUGAACAGAAAUCCUUAGCUAGUAGAAUGGCAGCACGCUGUAAAAUUAUCACUGUAUCGUGUACUGGCUAUAAGAUGUAGACACCUUUCAGUAAGCCAAUCAUUUGUAACCAUUCUAGCAGUGUCAUACUAGGUUAAUAAGGCUGCAGUGUUUUAAAGGGCAUUUUUAUUUGGGUUUUGGUGAAAUUCUUUAAUUUGUUGAUUAUAUUCAUAUGAAAUCAGCAUUCAUGGACACAUAGCUCUAAUGACAUAUGUAUGAAAAACCAUACACUGGAUGACCUAGUCGAUUAUUUAAGCAUAAAAUAAAUUGUGUUAAACUCUUCACCUA